CAGUUCUUUUUUUUUUUUUUUUUUUGGUAGAAGCAAUUCAGUUCUUUAGGUUGCCCAGAAAAUUGAUAUCUUUGUUUUCUGUUCUCUUUAUACCGACUCAAAUUCUCUCUGUCUCCAGUGCGGACCAACUCCACCUCAGGUUUCUCGCUUAAUUCCAGUCUCUGCCUUCCCUCGUUUUCCACCUCCGGUGCCGACGAACUAUACCUCAGGUUUCGGUCCUCCACUUGCAUUCCUACAAUGGAGGAUACCGAAGCUAAACCUCCUGAAAUUGAAAGUAGCUCUGUAAAAGAUGAUCAACAAGAGUUGGGAGAAACUUCAAAUCCUGUUUCGGUUACUCCUCCGGAAUCGGGUAUGGUUUUCAACUCUGAGAAGGAGCUGCAUGAUUAUUUCAAUUUGUAUGCUCACCAUAUAGGGUUUGGUAUAGUUAAGAAAAGUGUGAAGAAUGGAGAUGACGGUCAGCUAAAAUAUUAUGCACUCACGUGUUCUAAAUACGGGAAGAGGAGGAUGAAUGUGGAGAAUGCUUUGAAUCUUAAGCCAUCAACUAAAACUGGAUGCAAGGCUAAGAUUAAUGUGAAGGUAAGUAAUGAAGGAAGUUUCAUCAUCUCUGGAGUUUAUUUGGAGCAUAAUCAUCAACUUAGUCCAAGGAAAUCGCAGUCCUCUGGAUGCAAGAAGAAGGUGAAUUCAUAUGUAAAAAAACGUCUGGGAGUGAAUGAUCAAGCUGGGAUUUCAUUAAAUAAAGAUGUUCCCUCACUGGUUGUUGAGACUGGAGGAUAUGAGAAUCUGCUGUUUACUGUGAAAGACCCUAGAAAUUAUAUUGGCAGAGCAAGACAAUUUAGACUUGGGCCUGAUGAUGUGGAAGCACUUAGUAAUUAUUUUGUUCGCAUGCAAAAGAGGAAUUCAAAUUUCUUUUAUGCAAUUGAUACAGAUGAGGAAGGUCACUGGAGAAAUGUAUUUUGGGCUGAUGCAAGGUCAAUAGCAGCAUAUGAGUCUUUUGGUGAUGUUAUAUCAUUUGACUCAACAUAUUUGACUGACAGAUAUGACAUGCCACUUGCACUAUUUGUUGGUGUGAACCAUCAUGGACAAACAUUGCUAUUUGGAUGCAGUUUGCUAUCAAAUGACGAUACAAAGAGUUAUAUCUGGUUGUUUAGCUCAUGGUUGGAAUGUAUGUCAGGUUGUCAUCCCAAAGCUAUUAUUACAAAUCAAUGUAAGGCUAUCCAAGCAGCUGUUGCAAAAGUGUUUCCACAUUCUCAUCAUCGACUUUGUCUUUGGCACAUAAUGAGAAAGAUUCCAGAAAAACUUGGAGGGCUGGCUCAAUACAAAGAAGUGGAGAAAAUUUUGAAAAGGGCAGUUUAUGAGUCCAUUGAAGUUGGUGAAUUUGAAGAAACAUGGAGUAAAAUGAUUAAGGAGUAUGGCCUAGAAAAGAAUGAGUGGCUGAAUUCAUUAUAUGAUGAGCGGCAUCAUUGGGUUCCUGUGUACAUUAAAAAUAGUUUUUGGGCAGGAAUGUCUAUUUCUCAAAGAAGUGAGAGUGUAGAUGCUUUUUUUAAUGGUUAUGUGGGUUCAAAAUCAUCUUUGAAGCAAUUUUUAGAGCAAUAUGAUACUGCUUUGAAGAGUAAGAUAGAAAAUGAGAGUAAGGCAGAUUUUGCUUCUUUUCACUCUAUUAUUCCAGUGAUAUUUGAUUGUUAUUAUGAGAAGCAAUUUCAGGAGGUAUAUACUAAUGACAUUUUUAGAUUGUUUCAAGAAGAGAUGCGAGGCAUGCUUUAUUGUAAUUUAGUCCUAAAUGAGGUUGAUGAAUCAAUAUCAAAACACCAUGUGAAAGAAGUUUUUAUAGGAAAAAACGGCAAAUAUAGAAGGCAAGUGACUUAUGAUGUUUGUUUCAAUGAGAUUGAAGGUGAAAGUAAAUGUUCCUGCUGCUUGUUUGAAUUCAAGGGGAUUCUUUGUCGGCAUUUGAUGAAGGUUCUAAUUGAGAAAAACGUGAAAGAAGUUCCAUGUCAAUAUAUCUUAGACCGUUGGAGAAAGGAUAUUAAGCAUAGAUACACUUUGAUUAAGAACUGCUAUGAUGAUUUCCAAUCUAAUGAGCAAAAAUUGAGAUAUGAUAAGCUGUGUUCUCACUUCUACAGAGUUGCAGAGAUUGGAGCUAUAUCAACUGAAAAUUAUGAUUUUUUUGUUAGAACUAUUGAUGAGGCAAUGGACAAACUUAUGAAUCAAUCGGUUUCUAAGAGCAUUAAUCUUAAUCAUGCAAACAUGGAGCCAAUGCAAGAGGGCAGUGAAGAACUUCAGCAAGCAGCAGAUGGCAAUAAUAGGUCGCAAACUCAUUUGAAUGUUCAAGCAAAGAAAAAGGUCAUCCAAGAGCAAAAAAAUGAAGAAUCUCAAAUUGAUUUGCAGCCAUCAAAGAAGAAAAGGGUAAUUAUACAUUACUAUGCCAUUGAUAUGAAGCACAUAUGCAUAUGUGCUGAAGUUGAUUUACAACAUGCCUUUGCUGGUUCAUCAGAAGGCAGGAACGUUUUCUAGUAGCUUGACCAUGUUAUAACUUCUUGAUGAGUUUAGAACCCAGAAAAGUGAAUCCAGAUGACAAUGGGUUAAUAAAUAAUUUUGUUAUGCACAAUCAGAACAUGGGUCAUUUAUCAGAGAGUUAUGGAAAGGAUUUCUUGAUCAAUGGUUCUUUUCUGAUCGCAGAACAGUGUAUGUAACAUCCCUGUCCUUGAUUGCGUAAUAGUAUAAUUAGUGUUCUUAGCAGUCAAUUAUUGAGGACUUUUUGUGGUUAAAAUGAAAGUUAAUUGGUUGCUUGGUUAGCUUUAUGAAUGUUUACUUUUAAGGUGUAUACAUGCCAAUAGAUGUCCCACACUUUUAGAUUCAGUGGAAUGCCUUGAAUCCCCCUAAGCCUUGUCUUUGGUUUAGACUAUUGUUCCUUGAACUUAAAAGCCAAAACCUAAGUUUCUUUCUCAUUUUGCUAGACAAGAGAAAGAAGGAAGGAAGAGAGGAUUCUGCAAUGCAGCAGAAUAAUAGGACUUGAAGACCUUGGUGAGUUUCGGCAAGUCCACUGUGGCUACCAUGCUUGCAUGUAUUAGCCGUAAGCUUAGAGAGAUGCAGAGGAGUGUUUUGGAGGCCUAGGAGCAUCUAUGGUCCAUUGUAAGCCCUGGUGCCUAAGACCUGGUAUGACAAACUUGUUCUCUGCCAAAAACAGUGGUUUUGUAAGGUUUCCAAGGCGCGUGUGUUUUGGAUAAACUCCAACAGGACCUCAUGAUAAAAUUACUAAUGUAUAUUUUGUAUAUUUUGCAAUGAACUCUUCUGCUGAGCUGUAUGUAUAACUGGACCAUUUGGACUUAAAUCUAUGAAAUCUUUCUAACCCAUCUACUUUGCUAAAAUAUUCAGCUUUUACCUUUGUAUGCGGGGAGUCUUUCAGAAAUUAAAAUUCUCAACUCUUA